ACUGCAUAAGAAAACAUUUCUUUCAUUUUCGAAAAACAUUCUCAAAGGUUCCUUUUCUAACAUCUUGAUUCUCGACGAAGCUUAUUAACGGAAGUACAAGUUAUUCCAAUGGAUGUCUUCAUAUCGGAAGAGUAUGUCUACCGCCGGAGAAUGGAGAAAAAAGCUGCCGCCGUUGCCGAUAAAAAUGUGAGGCUAGGCUUUUGUACAAGUAAAGUACAGGAAAAGAGAAAAAGCCAUCCUCGGAUAUCUGAAUCUCGGCCGGAAAAGGAGUUUCAGGUUACCGGCGGUGGUGUUUAUGAGAGUUUUGUGUUCCAAUGCUUCUCUCCAUAAUAACCAAAGCGUUCGCGUUUAGUGAUUCAAACGCAGACGCAGUUGCAUGUGCAUGGGCGCUUACUAGUUGUAGCUCUUGUAUUGUAGUAACUCUUGGUUUAUUUGCUACUAUAGUGAGUUUUUUUCCUAAUUAACAAUGUGUUGUUAAUCAUAAACUAAUACUAUUUGAUAAACGUUAA